AUGACCAAGAAGCUCAUCUCGGCCAUGGCCGGGAAGCAAGGUUGCAAGGAGCAGCAGUUCAUCGAUCAGAGGAGACAGUCUCCGAUUCAUGGAGACACCAAGAGCGUGGUGGGGUUCGGCGGCAGGCUGAUCUCCCAUGAGCAGGAGGACGCCAUCAUCGUCGCUGCUCUGCGGCACGUGGUGUCCGGGUACAGCACGCCGCCGCCGGAGGUCGUCACGGUGGCGGGCGGGGAGGCGUGCGGGGUCUGCGGCAUCGACGGAUGCCUCGGCUGCGACUUCUUCGGGGCGCCGGAGCUGACGCAGGAAGGAGUAGUGAACGGCGGCACGGGGCAGAUGGCGACAGCAUCGGUUGGGGUUGCGGCAGCGGCGGUGGGAGGGGGGCACGAGCAGAGGCCGCGGCGGCGUCGGAAGAAGAACAUGUACCGCGGCCUCAAUUUCCCGGGCCACGAGGCGCUGUCGUCGUUCCAGGGCCACGGCCGCGGCGACACUUGUGCCACCCCGGCGGCGAACACCGAGACGCAGACACCGAUGCUGACGCCGUCGCCGUGCAGUGCAGACGCCGCGGAGGCGGCGGCGCCGGGAGAGUGGCAGCUGGGCGGUGCGGACGGAGCGGGAGACGAGCUGUGGGAAGGUCUACUACAGGACCUGAUGAAGCAGGACGAGGCGGACCUCUGGUUCGCGCCAUUUUCUGGCGCUGCAUCCAUCAUCUAG